AUGACACGUUCACAAGCUCUAGCAGCUAUUACUUCAACAACCAACGAAAUUCUAGAACGGUUUGAAGUGCUUUCUCCUGAGAACCAAGAACAACCUCAAGAACUGGAACAAAAGAAAAGUAUGGAUGAAGCACAACAACAGGCACUGGAAAGAUCGGGUGAAUGUAAUAAAAAUGAUACAAAAGACGUUGGACAACAAGUUCAUAACAAUGCUAUGACCGAUGGUCUAGAAAACGUCGAAGACAGCAGCGAGAACGAUGAGGAGUUAGAUUUGUUAUUAAAAAAGGCUGAAGAGUCUUUACAAACAAAUCAAAGUAUAAUAAAUAAAAAUUUCCCAAGUUUGAAUGUCGGUAUUUCAAUUGAUGAACAAUUGUAUAUAAGGAAACAUCCUAGUGGUAUUGUUAAACUUCGACAAGAUGAAAUUUUUCUUCAUGAUAAUUCGUCACAGAAGAAUCAAAUGAAUUCCAAGAAAACUAUAUCAUCUUCCAUGACUUUCGAUGAUGAUCAAGACAUAUGUGCAAAGCUUAGUAAAAAAGAAAGACAAAAGCUACGAGAAUCAACAAUUGGGCCAGGAUGGUUUGAUAUGAAAAAACCUGAAAUCACUCCCGAGAUAAAGCGUGAUCUUCAAAUUAUAAAAUUAAGGAAUGUUUUGGAUCCAAAAAGAUUUUAUAAAAAGGAUAAUACAAAAGGACUACCAAAAUAUUUCGAGAUUGGUACGAUAAAAGAAGGGCCAACGGAGUUCUUUUCUUCUAGAAUACCUCGAAAGGAACGAAAGCAAACCAUAGCAGAUGAAUUGCUUGCAGACGAAAAAUCUAAGAGCUAUUUUAAGAGAAAGUUCUCCGAAAUUCAAGAGGUGGUUAACCCAUUUUUUUCUUAUUAA